AUGAUUUUUCGAACUCUUUUCAUUUUCUUCUUGAUUUUCUACACAUCUCAAGCUCUCAGCUCAGAAUGUAUGAAGAAAAUUCGGCAAUCUCGGUCGAAGCCAAAUUGUCUAGAAGAAUUGUUUUUUGAUGAAACAAAAGUGAGUUAAUUUUUUUUAAUUGUUGCAUUAAAUAAGUACUUUUAGUAUGGCUUGGCAAAUAAAUGUAACCUGAUCAAUAAUUUCGAAUGUUUGCAAAAUGGUGUGACAUCAAUUUGUGGAGAAAAAUCUGGAAAAGACUUCAAAUCUGAAAAAUCAGAACUUCUCAAAAAAUAUGACUGCUAA